CUCUGCCCUCUAGUUUGACUCCGUCCGUCAUUGUAAUGCGACCGAUAGAAGUCGCGCAGUGGUGACGUUUAUAAAUGGUCAUUAGCGAAGCGCGACUUUCUGGCGUGUACAGUGAGUUAUUGACGAAUAUGAAGCGAUUACGGACAGAGCAGGUUCAGCUGGCUGUAAAUUGCCAUCUAAAACGUCGCCAUUAUCUGGAUAUAGAUGGGUCUCUAAAGCAAGGACUACGGCUUUGUCAGACUGCUGAGGAGAUGGCAACUAAUCUUACCGUACAAGCAGAGUCUAGCUGUGCCAGUGUCGUGUCUUCAGCCCCUUGCCAGGCUGAACCACAGCAAUAUGAAUCCCAGUUUGCACGGUUGCAGAAUUUUCUUUCGGAAGAUGAUUCUACCCACAGCCAGGAUGUUGCAACCCUACUCUAUCCUCUGUUUGUCUACCUCCACCUGGAUAUGGUUCAGAGUAGUCUGAAAAGUAUGGUGGAUAGCUUCUAUAGCCGCUUUCAUGCGAUGUUCCUUCAGCACCCAGCGCAGAGAGACAUAAUUGAUCAGCUUCAGACAACUAUGACCAUGCAGGAUAUUCACUCUAACUUUAAACUUAGAGCAUUCCUGGAAAACAAGUAUGUAGUUAUCCUUCAAGAGGACAGCUACAACUACCUUCUACGCUACCUUCAAAGUGAUAACAACAGUGCUCUGCUAAAGGCCCUCAGUUUGCAUAUCCAGUUGGAUGUUCAGCCUGUCAAGCAAACAGAGUACCAGUUGUAUGCAAGUGAUGGGCAUUCCACAAGGAUGGAGAGUAGCAACCUUGAUCCUCAGGAAGUAACAGCUCCUAUUCUCCUCCAAAAUGAAACCGCUCUUCAACAGUUGCAGGAUUGUAUAAAGAGGGUGAAAGAUGGAUCUCCGUCACUCACAACUGUUUGUUUUUAUGCCUUUUUUAAUGAUGAAAACCUGUUAAAUACGGCUGAGAUUUCCCCUAAUAGAAAACUGCUUGCUUCUGGUUUUGACAACUCUUCUGUGAAAUUGUGGAGUUUAAGUUCAAAAAAACUGAAAACUGAAGCACAGAGAGUGAAUGUUUCUCGUAUACGACUAGCUUGUGAUGUCUUACAGCAAGAGGAAGAGGAGGUGGACCAAGCUGGUUCAGAAAUGAAAGUACUGCGAGGUCAUUGUGGGCCGGUUUAUAGUACACGUUUCCUAUCAAACAGCUCUGGCCUUUUGUCUUGCUCCGAGGAUGCUUCCAUUCGCUAUUGGGAUCUUAGUAGCUUUACCAACACUGUCCUUUUUGAAGGUCAUGCCUACCCAGUUUGGGAUCUAGAUGUUAGUACAUGUGGUCUAUUUUUUGCCAGCGGCUCUCAUGAUCGCACAGCCAGGCUGUGGUCUUUUGACCGAUCAUUUCCACUCAGAAUAUAUGCUGGACAUUUAGCAGAUGUGGGCUGCAUUAAAUUCCAUCCCAAUUCCAAUUACUUUGCCACAGGAUCUGCAGAUAAAACCAUUCGUUUGUGGAGCAGUCAUCAAGGAAACUCUGUAAGACUUUUCACUGGACACCGUGGACCUGUUCUUUCUCUUGCUUUUUCUCCUAAUGGAAGGUACUUGGCCUCAGCUGGGGAGGAUCAUCGUCUUAAAUUAUGGGAUUUAGCAUCAGGGGCACUUUAUAAGGAGCUAAAAGGUCACACCGAUAAUAUUAACAGCCUUUCAUUUAGCCCAGACAGCAGUUUAAUUGCCUCUGCAUCAAUGGAUAACUCUGUUCGUGUUUGGGAUAUUAGAAAUACGUACUGCAGUGCCCUAUCGGAUGGAUCUUCCAAUGAACUAGUUGGUGUAUACACAGGACAGACAAAUAAUGUUUUUAGUGCACAAUUUAUGUCAUGUAAUCUACUUAUGGUUAUUGGUACUGCACAGGUACAUUAAGAAUGUUUAUAGUUAAUAUGAAAAAUAAAUUGAAAGGGAGUAGUAGUAUCAAAUUAUUAUUUUUUUUCUGGUGGGGGGGGGGGGGUGUUCCGUGGGAGGUCUUGAUUUUUCUGUACCAUUUUCUGACGUGCUUUAUUUUUAUUUCUCUGACGUCCUAGUGGAUGCUGGGACUCCGUAAGGACCAUGGG